AUGUCGGGCCACCGUGACGACGGAGCUGGCGGUCGGCGCAGUUCUUCAUCGGCUGCUCUCUCCUCGCCACCGCAUUCGUCGCCUGAACCCGGAUCGCCCUCUGCCCAACUGCACGGCAGCAUCGUCGUCAAAUCCUCCACUGCGGAUGCCGAUGCCAACCAUGAGGCGAGUGCCGCUCCGCAACCACCACCCAGAAAGAAGCCGGGUCGCAAACCCAAGAAUGCGGUCGCUGACCCCGGCUCAGCAGCCAACACCGACGCCGCCAAACCCAAGAGGCAGCGCAAACCAAAAGACCCAAAUGCCCCUCCCGUUCAGCGCAAGAAGAAGAAUAAGGAGUCGCUGGAAAACGGCCAUGUCGGCACUGCUUUCAUUACUGUCCAUCCCGAAAAUAAUUUCAGAGGUUCUCCCCAGGCGAAUCAUCAGCCCGCCGCCCAGAAGACAUUCGCUUCGGAAAAUGAUGCUAUUCAGAACUCCAAGGCCCCAUUAGAGACGGUCCAUUCUUUCUUCACCGCCCCUCCUCCACCGCCGCCCCCCGCGCAACCCCAGCAGCCCCAGCCUGUGCGUACCAGUGGUCAGAAUUAUGAUCCCAUCCGGUCAAAUUACGAUCCCGUCCGGGAAAAUGUCAUGUCGCAUAAUCAUUAUGCCCCCAGCAACCCCCAAGCCUCUCCGGGCCAGCCUCCCUCCAUGAACCGCGCUAGCGCCUCCCCUUCAAUCUCGAGUCUGGUCGACCCUCCAAACCAAUCUUUGGCCUCGCCGUCCAUUGCAACGCAAUCCUUCUUUAAUCAACAAGCUAAGCAGAAUCAGACCCCCCCGGUCCCCCCCUCUCCCACUGCGAAUAGACUCGCGCCGGCACCUGCGAUCGAGCCGUCAACGAGCCCCAAGCCCCCUGCACCGCCCCCCGCGCCUGCGACCACCGCGCCCAAAAAAGCUGAUGCUCCUGCGCCCAAUGCUGCAGGUGCAUCGUCAACCUCCAAGAAGCCAGCGGCUUCCGGAAGUACGACCGCGUCAUCGACGGCGGCAUCUCCAAAGCCUCCAAAGCUCAAGGAUGCGAAGGACACCUAUCCCACACCACCACCUCUUCCCGGCUCGGGCCUCAUACAGCUCGGAGGUCCAAACGAUGGCACCGAGUUUCGCGCACCGACCGUGAUCCUCAACAUUCCGAUGUUGGGCGAGACCAACAAAUACGUCAACUUCACCCGUCUUGCCGAAGAGCAGUAUGGCUGGGAUGCGCUGCACCCGCGGUUGGCUGCUCAGCGGGAUCGCCUGGCGCGCGUUGCCGCGGCCGGUGCGGCUCUAGAACGAAAUGGUUCGGCCAGAGAGAGCGGUGACGAGAUGUCACUUGAUUCGGAAGGCGAGGGGAGCAAUGUCGAGAUGGGUGGCAUGAGUGAUGGACGAACGGGGACCGAUGGAGGAGCAAAGAAGGUCCCCCGUAAGCGCCGGAUGAAGGAGGACGAGUAUGACAAGGAUGAUGGGUUCGUCGAUGAUUCUGAACUGCUCUGGGAGGAGCAGGCUGCCGCAGUCAAUGACGGCUUCUUUGUGUACUCGGGCCCUCUUGUCCAAGAGACCGAAAAACCGGCUUCUGAUACAAGGGCCGAUGGUGCACCAAAGCGUGCUCGGGGACGUGGCAGCCGUGGUGGGAUCUCUCGUUCCUCAGGUCGAGGUGGCACUGCGGGUGGUACAGGUUCCCGAGGCGGCGGUGCUCUGACCGGGCCUGGCUCCCGCGGUGGAUCUACUACACGAAAACCUCGCAUUACCAAGGCCGAACGUGCGCGUAUGGAGCAGGAGAAACUUGACCGCGAGAAGAUGGGGGGAAGUAUGGCGUCAAUGCCUAAUAACUACUCCGCCAUGCCUCAUGUCGUAAGUACCGCGAAUCUGGGGACCACACCAAUGGUGUUUGACCAGUAA